GUAACCCAGAUUUACCAUGGUCCAAACUCCGACAUCUGAUCGGGGGCAUGUCAUUCUGGUUCAGGCUGUCAGCCCUGAGCAGGUGAGUCAGUUUGCAUCACCCUGAGUGCAGGUUGCCAGGACAACCGUGAGGCUGCAUAAAAAGAACCUAUGACAGGAUGCACAUCAGAGAGACAAAUGGCUUCACAUUGAAAAAGUGGAGGAGUGCGCCAUUGGUUUUCCAUCCUCCAGAUACACUGAUUGCUGUCCCCUUUGACGAUGAUGACAAGAUCAUUGGGGGCUACACCUGUGAGGAGAAUUCUCUCCCCUACCAGGUGUCCCUGAAUUCUGGCUCCCACUUCUGCGGUGGCUCCCUCAUCAGCGAACAGUGGGUGGUAUCAGCAGCUCACUGCUACAAGACCUGCAUCCAGGUGAGACUGGGAGAGCACAACAUCAAAGUCCUGGAGGGGAAUGAGCAGUUCAUCAAUGCGGCCAAGAUCAUCCGCCACCCCAAAUACAACAGGGACACUCUGGACAAUGACAUCAUGCUGAUCAAACUCUCCUCACCUGCCAUCAUCAAUGCCCGCGUGUCCACCAUCUCUCUGCCCACCACCCCUCCAGCUGCUGGCACUGAGUGCCUCAUCUCCGGCUGGGGCAACACUCUGAGCUUUGGUGCUGACUACCCAGACGAGCUGAAGUGCCUGGAUGCUCCGGUGCUGACCCAGGCUGAGUGUAAAGCCUCCUACCCUGGAAAAAUUACCAACAGCAUGUUCUGUGUGGGCUUCCUUGAGGGAGGCAAGGAUUCCUGCCGGCGUGACUCUGGUGGCCCUGUGGUCUGCAACGGACAGCUCCAAGGAGUUGUCUCCUGGGGCUAUGGCUGUGCCUGGAAGAACAGACCUGGAGUCUACACCAAGGUCUACAACUAUGUGGACUGGAUUAAGGACACCAUCGCUGCCAACAGCUAAAGCCCCCGGUCCCUCUGCAGUCUCUAUACCAAUAAAGUGGCCCUGCUCUCACUCUG